UAUUCCAAAGAGAAGAAAAAGAGCACGAAGUAAACAAAAGAAUUAAAGUACUAAGUUUUUCUAAUUUCUUAAUUUUUACCACUCUUACAAUGCAAAUAAAACCAAAAACCAGCUCAGAAGCCCAGCGGAUGCAGGAGCAGAAUGCAAAUCAGACGCAAAUCACGCGGAUUGAGGAGUUCAUCAACGAAGUGCUGAAGGAGGAUCUCCGGCAGCUGGAGAAGUGUAUCGGCCAGUUCAACGAGGAGAUCAUGGAGUACGUCCAGCUGAAGAACACCCUCCAGACCUUCGACACCCAUUUGCCCGAGGGCUACAAGACGCAGGUGAACAUCGGCAGCAACAUAUUUAUGCAGGCACGCGUCCGCAAAAUGGACAGCAUUCUGGUCAAUGUGGGCAAGGAUGUCUACCUGGAGAUGUCCAUUCCGGAGGCGGAACGCUUUAGCGACACCCGCGUCAAGAUCCUCACCAAGCAAUCAGACGUCCUGCGAGAGGAGAGCGUCAAGAAAAGGGCCCAAAUCAAAAUGGCCCUGAUAGCAAUAAGCGAAAGAGCCAAACUCAUUCAGGAUGUUUAGAAGAUAUGGGAUAUUCUGAUUCUACAGAAUUAGAAUUAAGGAUAUCUCACCUGCUGAUGGAGCUGGGCUAUGCACUGAUCCUUGAGGAGCAGCUUCUGCCUGGCCGUGAUGAUCACUUCAUCCAGGGCGCUGAUCUGUGACUUCAGGUGGCAGAGCUCGUCGUGCUUGGCGGCCAUCUCGCUGACCAGAGACUUCAUGCACUCGGCCAUCUGCAACAGAAUACAACUCCAAUGAAAACCAGGCUCAACAGGCUUAACAAACAAAAUAUAAUAUUUUAUUAAACAGAAAUAGAUCAACGAA